UGACAUAAGCAUUGUUCCCUAUAGCACAAAGCAUCACUAGGUGGGGUUACUGAUUGGGAUGACACAAAAUUAUAGUUUAAAAAAAAAAGAACCUUUCCAAUCUCACUUCCCACUCUCUUCAUUUUAGUUUUCUUCUUCUCUUCUCUUACUUUUGAUCUAACACCUUCAAAAAGGUAUUCUUUAAGCUUCCCCCUUUUCUCAAUAAUUAAACUUUUCUUUGAUCACCACUCACAACAACUUGUAUUAGAAUUUGGGGAUGAUGAUCAAGGAAGAUGAGGCUACUUUGACAACAGCCAAGGAACAACAAGGGGAAGGGAUGAAUGAAGGAAAGAACAAUGACGAAAGUGAUCAUGAGAAUAAUCCUCAAGAGUGGUUGAACCUGAGCUUAGGAGGCAAAUCACUCACAACAGCAGGGGACCCUGAUUCAUCAUCAUCACAAACAAGACCAGUCACUGCAACAAAAGUUUUCUCAUGCAACUUCUGCAUGAGGAAGUUCUAUAGCUCACAAGCAUUAGGGGGUCAUCAGAACGCGCACAAAAGGGAAAGAGGUGCUGCAAGAAGAUAUCAGUCUCAGCGGACCAUGGCCAUGAUGGGAUUUCCCAUGAUGAGCACUCCAAUGAUGCGGUCACUCGGUGUUCAGCCUCAUUCACUGGUGCAAAAGCCAUGCAGAGGUGGUGGAAGUGGAGGAGCCAUGGUGGCACCAACCUUUCAUGAUGCAUAUGCAUCAUCAGGGCUUGGAAUGGCAUGGACACCUUUCAUGGCUGAGGAGCCAACUGAUCUGGUUUGGCCCGGAAGCUUUCGCUUGGUUCCACAACAACCGGAGCCGCAGCAGGAACCACUCAAGCUUGAUUUAGACCUCAGACUGUGACACAGGAGUUUUUGAAGAUUGAUAACAGGUAGGACCCUUCACCUUCCAAGAAUCAAGAGCUUGGAUUUGGAUGAUGGUUGGUACUACUUACUGUGAUGGGUAAGGAUGUUUUCCUCUGUCUAUAACAUGUUAUAGAUAUUGUUAUAUAUAUAUAUAUAUAUAUCUACCUACUAUUUUCUACUUCAAUGAUGCUUGAAAUAA